UGAAGCCACUCACUUAAAACUUUGAAACAUAAAAGGUUAACACAAAAUUGUAAGAGAAAUUUCAAAACCUUAACAUUAGGAAACUAGGCAGUCCUUGACAUAGCAACUCAGCGAAUCCUAGAGCAGUCCUAGAGAGAUAGCUGCAUUCCUCACAGAGAUAGCAACUCAGCAAAUCGUAGGAUGAGCCAAAAGUCAGCCUGACCUUAUUGUGUUUGCCAAAACUGCCUUAAAAGGAGAAGAUCGAAAGAAAGUUCAGAAGUUUACAGUGAGGAAGACUCACACACGACCCCCGCCCAGAGGAAGGCAACAGGAACUCCCACCGUGAAAUCUCCCCAAAUUGAAGACUCCGCCCAGACUCCGCCUUCAUAUGAAUAUUACAAUUAGAUGUUGCAAUUUAAUGAAUAUGCAUGAUUAUGUUGUAAUCCUAUAUUCAAAAACUGUAUAAAAGAGCUAUGCUGAUUGUACACGACGGAGCUCUUUGCCCAGGGCGACCUGGAGAGCUACCCCAACGCGUUGUAAUAAAAUACCUCCUGCUUUAAAGAAACAAACUCUGUCUCUAAAGCAGUCUCUCUGUGCCUUUUGGGGCAAAAUUUCGGCAUCAUUUUUGGCGAAGCCAGGCAGGAGGUUUUAGUCCUCCUGAGCCGGGGCCUGGGGGUCUAGGGACUCUCUGGGCCCUGCCGGCGGAUUUUUGUCGGUAGAGACUCCUCAGACCCCUCGGACCUACGUGCGACGGCGGACAAGAACUCCUGCUUUAAAUUAAGAGGUAUUUUGCUUUAUAUGUUAUUGUGUUUUGCUUUAUAUGUUAUUGUAUUUUGCUUUAUAUGUUUUCGGAAUAGAAAGCGCUCUAUUGAAACGGGGGUAAGACGUUACCCCCAGGGGAACGCUGAGGGGACGCCCCAGCAUAUAAUCCCCUACGGGUUAGAGUCCCGGCCUGGAAUUGGCCACCCCCAGCUUGCAACAGACUGAAUAUCGGGCAGCAGUAUUUUCCGGUUUGCAAGCGACACCUCGCGACUUUAUUUGGUAAAGCAAUAAGCUAAGAGGUAAGAACAAAAGUGUACAGGCGUGAAUGCGUGUGAAUGAGACGUGCAAAUAAGCACGAAGUGAGUGCGGAGUCCUAAUCUGCGGUUCCUGUUCUUCGCGAGAAGCCAGGCCAGAGACGGACGAAGCGAUUGAAAAUUGUGUGCAUAAAGUGUAAAAAUCUGGUGAGAUAUAGAGGUAUAGAUCCAGAAAAUAAUAAUGGGAAGCCAACAAAGUAAAGAUAUAAAUAUGAAAACCCCCUUAGGAUGUGUCUUGAAGCAUUGGAAAGAAUUAGGGGGAAUUCCAGGGGGAAACAUAAGUAAAAAGACACUUUUAAAAUACUGUACACAGUGGUGGCCUCUAUAUAAGUUGGAUGAUGAUGAAAAAUGGCCUCCGGAGGGAACAAUUAAUUAUAACACGAUUUUACAACUCAUGUUGUUCCUCCGUCGGCUAGGCAAAUGGGACGAAGUAAUGUACUGCGAUAUGUUUUUCACCUUGAGAAAUAAACCAGAGUGGCAGAAGGAGUGUGGGGUGAAUGUAGCACCCCAAGAUCCCCUGGUACUGGCCUUAGAGAAAGAUAAGAAAAAUUUAAAACCUAAGGAGCGUUGCUGUGAUGCCUGUAGUAUUGGACAGCAAUGCCUUAAAUUAACGAGGAGGGAUAGCGGAAAAGAAAGCGAAAUAAGCUUAUGGGAGUAUCAGCCGUUCGCGCCAGGAUAUGGGGUUCCUCUGCCCAAGCGAAGGGAGGGUGAAAGAGACACUAGUCUGUUAGGGGAUAUGUCACUGGAACAGAGCAGAUCCAAGAACGGUUACAGCCCCCAAAGAUUAGAAAACAGUUGGGAGGAUAGCAGCCCAGCAAGAUCGGAAAGUUGUGGGAGAGAAAGCGGAUCACAAAAGCUGAGUAGCCCACAAGGCUCAGAAUCUUACCGGGAAGAGAGUAGUCCUCUCAGUUCGGAGACUGGGAGGAAAAAGGACAGCUCACCACGACUGGAGCUAGAGGGUCGGGAAAGGAAAAAUAGCCCACCUAAAGUGAGAGGUAGCCAAAAUAGAGGUUGCAGUACACCAAGAGAUGAAAACACCUCACGAAGAUCAGACAGCCCGCCAAGUCCAGGCGACCUGCCAGGACCAGGCUGCCUGCCAGGAUCAGGGAGCACCAGAAACGGGGGUAGCUUCCCUGAACUAAGAUGCAGUGAUGAUGAUGAUAUAGUUAGCCAGAACAAAAAAGCAGACAACUCACAGAAAUUGAGUAUAGUCAUUCAGAUAGAGGAUAAAAGAGAGAUACAAGGGACAGAGGAGGACAAAGAGGACAGUGUCUCAGAGCGGGUUGAGCGUAGACAGCGUCUCAUCCAAACACAGAAGGAGAGGCGGCUGGACUGUGUAAACCAUACCAGAGGGUUAAUAGAGGAUGAUUUGGCGGAAGGAUCGGAAACUGAGAAUGAGGAACAAAAACAGAAAAAGAGAACAGGGAAGAGAAAGAAUAAAAUAGAUCUCGAAACCCAGGAGAAAGAUCCUGGGGAAGGGAUUAGCAAUUCAUACUAUACUAGAUCGGCAGCACGGAAGGAAGCGAAAGAGAGAGAUGAAGGUUAUAUGAUAGCUCCCCUCAGAAGGAUAAUGCCUAUUGCAGGAGAACAGGCACGAAUAAAAGUACCAUUUACAACAAGCGAUCUAAAUAGCUGGAGAGAAGAGGUAAGAAAUUUCAGAAAGAAUCCAGAGGGAGUAGCCAGGAGGUUUGAAUUACUGGCAAAGAAUCAGGAUAUUGAUUGGGAAGACAUAGAGGUAAUGCUGUCAGAAUUAACAGAAACAGAAAAGGAACUCGUGUUAAGAACAGGAAGAGAGCAUGCUGCGUUACUACCAGAAAGAGUAGACGUAGUUUUCCCCAAUCGAAACCCAGAAUGGGAUCUGAAUAAUCCAGUCUAG